ACAACACAGACGGAUGAUCAUGCACUUACCAAGAAACUAACUGUAGAGUCAAAUCAAUGGCUACUUUCAAUAAGAUCACCUCUAUCUCCUUCGUCAUCCUUUCCAUCUUCAUAUCUCAAGCUCUGUCUCAAUCGGAUGAAUGCAAAACAGAAGUAAAUGAUUGUAAUGACAAAAAAAAAGCUUUGCCUUUAAAGAUUAUAGCCAUUGUUUCCAUAUUAGUCACUAGUAUGAUCGGUGUAUGUUUACCGCUUUUUUCGCGUUCUAUUCCAGCUCUAAGUCCAGAUAGAAACUUAUUUGUUAUUGUCAAGGCAUUUGCAGCUGGUAUCAUUCUUGCUACUGGGUUUAUGCAUGUGCUACCAGAUUCUUUCGACAUGUUAUGGUCUGAUUGUUUGAAAGAAAAUCCAUGGCAUAAGUUCCCCUUCACAGGGUUUGUUGCAAUGUUAUCUGCUAUAGUGACGCUACUGGUGGAUUCUAUGGCUACUAGUAUAUACAGCAAGAAAUGCAGCGUCGGGGUAAACCCAGAAAACGAGCUUGUUCAACAAGAUCGAGAGAUGGGUACGGUGAAUGCAGGACAGGGACAUUCUCACGGUCAUUUUCAUGCAUCUAAAGCAACUGAUGGACAGCAACUUCUUCGUUAUCGAGUUAUUGCCAUGGUGCUAGAACUGGGGAUCAUAGUUCAUUCAAUUGUGAUAGGUCUCUCUUUAGGAGCCUCCAACAACACCUGUUCAAUAAAAGGUCUGGUAGCUGCUCUCUGCUUCCAUCAGAUGUUUGAAGGAAUGGGUCUUGGUGGUUGCAUUCUCCAGGCGGAGUACAAGCUGUUCAAGAAGGUGAUGAUGGCAUUUUUCUUCUCGGUAACAACACCAUUUGGAAUAGCACUUGGGAUAGCAUUGUCAAAGACAUACAAGGAAAAUAGUCCAACUGCUCUGAUAACUGUUGGAUUACUAAAUGCAUCAUCAGCUGGACUUCUGAUAUACAUGGCUUUAGUUGAUCUUCUUGCUGCUGAUUUCAUGGGUCCAAAACUUCAAGGAAGCAUUCGGCUCCAGAUUAAAUCUUAUAUUGCUGUUCUUCUUGGUGCCGGUGGCAUGUCUGUUAUGGCUAAAUGGGCUUGAUCACCUAUCUCUCUAAGCAGUAAUUCGAUUAUUACUCUCCUUUCUUGCUCUUCCUUUCCUGUAAAGGCUCACUGAUUUCUGGUUUAUUGAUGCCUGGCUUCUCCCUUCUCAAACCUCUAUCACCAACACCCAAAGGCCCAAAUCAACUAUAACAAAAGACCUCUAUGUGUUUUCCUUUACUUUUCAAUCGUUCUAAAGUGCAGUCUAAAUAAUGCAAAAGAAAAAAUGACCUUCGUAGAUUGUUGAAGUAUUAUAGGUUUUCUUGCUUUGUUUGGCAUCUGAAAGGUCUAAUUAUUAUCCUUAAUGAGAAAUUAUAUUAUGAAA